GCAAGAAGAAAGACAAUAUGUAUUGGAGAAGGAAUGACACAUUGGAUGCUCUUGCAGAUAGAUUUUCUCUUUGAUUAGGUAAUUGCUAGAUUAGCUUUUAAAGACUUGCAAAGAUUCAUAAACCUUCUUGUCAGCGUAGCAAAUCUCUGUGGAAUUAAAUACGAGAAUACCUCAGGGAAGGGUAUAGCAAAGCACAGCCAUCAACCAGAUUGACAACAGCAAGAAGAUGAAAGAGAAGAAGGAGAUGAGAAGCAGCGGGAGAGGAGAAGAUGGACAGAGUAAAGCACACAUAAUGGCACUUCAAUAUGUGAGUGUGUGGGGGAGAGCAGGACAAGCGUAGGAUGGAGCAGAGAAGCUUGAGCAUGUGAGCAGGGAGAGAGCAGGUUGAACAUGUGGGGGGAGAGUAGCAAGAACUCAACACAGUGCACGGUGAGGGCACUGAGCAGCAGAGGCGGCCAACAGCUUGUUAGUGGCUUUGCUGGUCAGUACUUUUAACUAAUGUGUUUUGUGCGACCAUAGAAAAUCUCAAGUACUCACACAGGCACACUGGCACACACAUGGACACUGGGGUGGAGCGCACUUAACAUUCGCUGUUCCUGUUACUCUCCAUUUUUAGGGUGCCAGCCGGACCGCAAAGGGUGUGCUGUGCAUGUGUGAGGACGUAAAAGAGGAAACAAAAAGGACAGAAGCAGCCAGCUUCUUCAGCUUUCGCCCUGUUAUGCUGUUGCCUGCAUAAAAUAACCGCAUAAAAUGUCGUUAAGUAUAACGAAAUUGAGUCUGCACAUAAAUUCAGAUUAUGAGAUUAAAAUGUUGUGAUUUUCGCACAUCGGAGCAAAGGCGCAGAGUAAAGUGUAGCCGAAAAACCCUUUUCAUAAUGAAAGCCAGUCUGGUAGAAGGGUCUCGGGUAUCCCACACACACACACACACACAUUGAAGAUUAUUGAAAAAUGCGAUGGAAUAAGCAAUAGCCAUAGCCAACAGAGCCAGAGCUAACGGAUGGAUAGCAGCAGUCAAGCCAAUUUAAUGAGUUUACAGCGCCCUUUUUGCCUUUAAGCGGAAUUUUAUGAAAAAACAACACAUAGUUGAGGCACAGUGGAAUGAAAAUGUGAUAUGUUGAGAGCAACAAAGAGCUUUUCUCCUCUUUCUAAUUCUCUUCAAAACUAUUCUUCAGUGAACCAAAAGAGCGCAGAGAAGAGCGCUGUCGACUCUUUCUUUGGCUCUCUUUAAAAAGGAGAACGAGAAGAGAGAGACGCAGAGAUAGAGCAUAAAAGCAAUCAGAAUAUCAAAAUGGAUAACAGAGAACAACAGAGACUUUCUCUAGCAAAAACAAAAGCCUUUUAAAUUGCUUGAAUCCAACAACUAAAUCCCACACCACUGUGCCCUGUACCCGCCUGUAGAAUAAUAAAGAAGUUGCGGCGCUUGUGGCCGGCGAUCAAAGCCAAAUAUUUGUCUAGAAUGUUUACAAAUUUGGGUCAGCUGGUCAUUUGUCCGCACCCAAGCCGACAUUUUCAUGUGAAAUUCCCAAAAUAUGGAACGAACCUCGAAGGAAUGCUAUCAGCUGUCGCUGCAUUAUAAUGCUAAUUGCGAGGCCAGAGAGCCACAGCCACGGACACGGCCACGGCCACUGCCAAAGGAUUAACAUCAUCAUCGAUGAGUGCAUGGAAAGUGAACAGAGAACAAACAGGAGAACUUGCUGCGAACCCAUAAACAGUUUAGUUUGACUUAAUCCGGUUAUGUAUCCGGAUUAGCGGAGCGCGUCAAAAGAGCGUGAGAGAGAAAGAGCUAGUUUUUUGCGCUCCUUUUGGCACACUUUACGACACUUUUUAGGUAAUGAAUGGGAUUACAGUUUUUUUUUGUAAUCCACUGUGCCCACAGCCCUGAGACGCGGGGCAGCUGUAAAAAAUCAAAUGACUCGUAAAAAGUGCAGCUCAGGUCAUGCGGCAUUUGAUUGACCUGCGCCGCCGCACCUCUCAUGAAUGGACGGGCGGACGGGCAGCCGGGCAGGUCAGAAAAGGUGUCGUCGAAUGUGUAUAAAUUCAGGAGCCAGCACUGACGUAACCAACAAACGCACUCAAGCACUUCAGCAACCAAGAUGUGUCCCAUGCAGCAAAAAAACAACGCAAAGCCGACGGCCCAGCAGUUGCCACAGAAACAGGAGGCAACUGAGACGACGAGUGGGAGUCCGAUGCCGCAACCGCCGUCCCCCACCGCUGCCUAUGUGAUGUUCAAGCACCGCGAGGAGCUGCGCCGACGCAACGGGCAGACGGCACGCGCUUCCAUAACCAAAAUUCAUUUGACCACCGAGCUGAUAGCUCGCACCAAGCAGAACAUACGACAGUGCAGCUUCGAGGAUCUGGCCAUCCUGGCCAGGGAGACCGUCUUCCGGAAGAGUCUGCAGCGACGCCUGCACUACCGCCGCAUGGAAAUGGGUUUGAAGAGGCAACUGAAGAGCACAAACAGCAAGUGAGGAAGGUGCUGCAUGGCAGUGGAGUGGGAAAAGUCUGACAUAGAACAGCACAAGUGAUUCCUAUUAUAAGAUUGUACAUAUAACUUUAAUUACUUUAAUUGAAUUUAAGUUCUGAGAUAUUUCCAAAAACAAACGUAAAUUAAACUUCAAUCAAGAGAAAAGAGACAACAUUUUGCACUUGUUAUCCGCUUGGAUCUGCCUCUUUCCCGUGUGGCAAUUUUCCAUUUAAAUAUUUGAUAACCUUUCCCAACACUGACAAUGCAGUUUCUGUGGGGUGUAUAAACAAAUUUACACAUGAUUACCAGGACAGAACAGAACAGAACAGAACAGAACACUGCUAACAUUUAAUACAAUUCAAACAAAAUGGUGCGUUGCAUAAAUUUGAACAGGCAGUGAAGCGGCAGUGGUGGCGCCACUCCUCUCCUCCUUGCAGCAAGUGCUUUCUGCUUCGUCGUCGUCGUUCGCUGUGGUGUAGACAAAAUUUUUGCCUUUUUAGACUACAUAAAUUUUAAUUAAAUGUCACUCAUACGCCAUGUAUGCCAAGCACAAUGUACGUAACGUAACGUAACGUAGAGUAGCAGUCGCUGCCCGUGACUGCAAGUGUGAGGCAGUGUGGGUGCAUUUGAGCGCUUGGGAGAGUGUCGGAGCGAAGAGAGUGCCACAAAUGAAUGCACGGAGAAGUGGCGCACGAAUUACAGUUUAUUGAACGGCAGCAGGGCAAAAGGAUGAGUGGUGUAAGGGGAAAGUGCAGAGCAAAGUGGAGCAUCCCAAAGCGAAGCAUAGAAACAAAAGGGGAGAAGCAGCGUGGAAAGCAAAGAGAACUCUUGAUGCCACAAAUCCUAAAUGCUGCUGUUUCCACUGUUCUGCUUUUGGGAAUAUUUUCGAGUAGCCACUAUCUAGUGGAUACAAUUUACAGUUUCUCGCGUGCAGCUCUAAUGCAGCUCUCGCUCCGCUGCUCUUGCUGAUCCCUUAUUUGUACCUUGCUCUACUAAUUCCACUCUGAAAUCGCAUCAUCCUUGCUGCAAAACGAUGAAUAUACCCAAACAAAAUCCUAAAAUUGCUGGAGACGAACACGAAGCCAAUUGCCCUUCCGCUGGUUAGCAGCUUGCUCUAAUUAUUAUUUUCUGCUUAUUUUUCCACAACUUUUUUUCGAACCAGCAUUUUGUUUGUUUCCCCAGAAGGGGCUGUGCUGGAACUGGUCUCUGCUGGGGUUCAAAUCUGUGGCGUUUCCUGGUUUUUCGUGCAUUUUCAUACCACUUUCCGUGCAUGCAUUAUUCAUGUGCUCUCUCGCUCUCUCUCUCUCUCUGUCUACCCCAAUUACUAUGGUCCAGCAGGCUGGGCGGGGUAGGGGUAUCCCUUAAUGAAAAACCAUCAUGGCCAAACAAUAUCUUUCGUUGCCAUUUGCCCACUUGAAACUUUUUCAAUAAUUUUUAACAUGUAUGCGCCGAGUCUCUCGCUCGCUCGUUGGCUUGUUGGCUCGUUCUUUCUUGACAAAUUAACUCAAGAGCGCAAUGAAGUGUUUAUUGUGCCUGGCAAAAGUUUAUUCCACGCUCUUUCUCUUCUCUUAAGGCGUUGCCAGGGCAAACACACACAAAGAGACUUCCAGAAAAAUGCACGGAGGGAUUUUCGUAGAUUUACAAUUGGCGAGAAAUUGCUAGCGACACUUUAUAGUUUCGGAUUACUUAAUUAUAAUUGAACUUUAAUCGGUUACGUUUCUAUUGGUGUUCUCUAUUUUAGUUUAUUUAACAUUUAAGUUUCAUUUAGCACUACAAUUUGAUGGAUGAAUACAUGAUUCAACCACUGAAAUGUUGCCGCUUUCUAAUGGCUAAAGUCUGGCAUUUAGGCACUUAAUAUAAUUAAAAUCAGAUUUUCAUUAGCAAAAACUCCCACCAAUUGGAGCAGUUAUAAUUAUCAUGAAACCACAGGAAGGCAAUAAAUGUGCAAUAAAUAUCAUGAAUAUUAAUUUUUAUAUCAAAUUGUAUGGAACAUUAUUUGAGUGAUGAUAAAUAUUUCGUUGAAGAUGAGUUAAGCAGGGAAGCAUUUGUACAGACAGCUCGCAGAUACUGCAUAGAUCCAAAAAAUGCACAACAAGAUAACCUCAUUACCGAAAUGGACCAACUGUUAUUCCCACUGGGAAACUCCUAGUCACGAAAUAUCAGUCUCCCUUCUCAAAUCUCUUUAUGAGUCGCUCCGCUUCCAUGUACAUAGUACAUAAUAAUAAUAUUAACAGCAUUGUAGGACGAGCAUUAAUGUCUUCUUCAUGUGUCCCCGAGUGUAUUGUGUGUGUGUGUGUGUAGCCAUGGCCAUUGAGCGGAGCGAAGGCCAGAGAGAGCGUAAUCGUCAUGGUGGCUUAAAGCAAUUUGUUAUUAAUUUCCGCGUUGAAAAGUUGA